CACCCGUGGCCCGUAGGCUCCGCCCCCAACCAGCGUCCCCGAGCGAGCAGCGCGCAGAGACCGCGACCGUCUGCAGCCUCUCGGCGGCGCCGCGGGUCGAGGCGGACUGCCCUCGAACAACCACGACGACGACGAGCGCCGUCACUGGCCCCCCGUCCCCCGCCAUGGGUGAGCCCCGCGAGUCGUCCUCUCAGGGCCAGCGGGAGUCGAGUUGGAGAGUCGCUCGAGACGCCGACGCCGCCACCGCCGUUCGCCCGCCCUCACCGCCGUCGUUCCACUAGCGGCCCGCUCUCUCGCCGUACGCGUCAACUCCCCCCCCAUCGCAGGGGACCAGCAGCCAGAGCCAAUCUUACACGAGCGCAAGGUGGUGCACAGCAAUCGUCCCGCAAUGGAUCCCUACAACGUCACCAUGGACAUCAUCAACCGGCAGAUCAAGGAGCGUGGGGUCCUCUCCUUCCAGCGGAGGCAGCACGUGACGGACGCGAUGGUGCGCCGCCUCGGGCUGGAGGCCGAGCUGCAGGGUCACACGGGCUGCGUCAACUGCCUCGAGUGGAAUGAGAAGGGAGAGAUGCUCGCGUCGGGCUCGGACGACCAGCACAUCAUCCUGUGGGACCCGCUGAGGCACCGCAAGCUGCUGCAGAUGCACACGGGACACACAGCCAACAUCUUCUCUGUCAAGUUCUUGCCGCACUCGGGCGACCGCCUCGUGGUGACAGGCGCCGCUGACUUCAAAGUGCACGUGCACGACGUCGUGAGCAAGGAGACGCUGCAUAUCUUCGACAAGCACACUAACCGCGUCAAGCGCAUCGCCACGGCCGCCUCCACGCCGCACAUGUUCUGGAGCGCCGGCGAGGAUGGCACCAUCCGGCAGUUUGACCUCCGCGAGAGCAGCAACCGCUCGCAGGUGCUGGUGGACUUGACAUGGUACUGCAGCUCGCAGGUGGAGGCCAAAUGCCUCGCCAUCAACCCAAGCGACAACACGAGCCUCGCCGUGGGCGCCAACGACCCCUACGUGCGCCUCUACGACAUGCGAAUGAUCACGCAGCACAGGAAGUCGUGCCGUCUGAACGCCCCUAGUGGCACGGGGGUGGAGCUGGACUCGCAGUACAGCAAGCUUCCCGACGGUGCCGUGCAGUACUACGUGGCGGGUCACCUCCCGUCAAAGCAGACGGACUACCAGCGCAGGUUCCGCACGCUCGCCGUCACGUACCUCACUUUCAGUCCCGACGGGAACGAGCUGCUCGUCAACAUGGGCGGAGAGCAGGUCUACAUGUUCGACCUCCACAGCCGCCAGCGCCCGUACUGCUUCUCUGCUGCCUCGCGACGCCGGGCAACGCCGGGCGCCGACGUGCAGAACGGGAAGCAGGCAAACGGCGUCUCCAACGGGCUGCACCUGCACAGCAACGGCCUGCGCCUGUCCGACGAGCCCCAGCAGCCGCCGCCGAGCCCCGAGCUGCCGCCGGCCGUGGAGAAGCUCAAGCAGCUGGCGAACGCGGCGUUUGGGCGCCAGCAGUGGCCCGUGGCCGUGAGCCUCUACAACCGCGCCGUCGCGCUUUGCCCCACCAACUCCGUGCUCUACGGCAACCGCGCCGCCGCCUACAUGAAGCGCAAGUGGGAUGGCGACCAGUACGCGGCGCUGCGCGACUGCCGUGCGGCCGUGGCGCUCAACCCUUGGCACCUGAAGGCGCACUUCCGGCUGGCGCGCUGCCUGUACGAGCUGCGGCACGUGGGCGAGGCGCUCGCCUGCCUCGACGACUUCCGCGGACGCUUCCCCGAGCAGGCGCGCAGUAGCGCGUGCGACGCGCUCGACCGAGACAUCAAGGCGGCGCUCUUCUCCCGCACGGAUAGUGACGACGAGAGGAAGGCAACUGACCCGGCGGGUGGUGGCGGCGGGGGCGGCGGGGGCGUCGGGGGCGGCGGCGGAGCAGGGAGUGGCGGCGGGCGCGUGCGAGGGUUUUCCGAGGAGGAGCUUCGUCUGCGUGAGCACAGCUACGACUACAAGCUGCGCUACUGCGGCCACUGCAACACCACCACCGACAUCAAGGAGGCCAACUACUUUGGCAGCGCGGGCCAGUACGUGGUGGCCGGCUCGGACGACGGCUCCUUCUUCCUGUGGGACAAGGCGACGUGCAACCUGCUGCGCGUGCUGCGCGGAGACGAGUCCAUCGUCAACUGCCUGCAGCCGCACCCCUCGGCCUGCCUGCUGGCCUCGAGCGGCAUCGACCCCGUCGUCAGACUCUGGGCCCCGAGGCCGCAGAACGGCUUUGAGAAUGAGCGCGUGGUGGACGACACGGAUGCCGUGUGCCUGGCGAACCAGCGGCGCAUGAACGCCGACCCCCUGGAGGUGAUGCUGCUCAACAUGGGCUACCGCAUCACGGGCCUCACGGGCUCCGAGCUCGGCUCGGACGACGACUCGGGCUCCGAGAGCCAGGUGCAGUGCCGCACUACCUGAUCACGGGGUCGCGCGGAGGGGGCGGGGGGCAGCGUGGGGGUGGGGGGUUGGUGGGGGGAGCGUUGGGUGCGGGAGAAACAGCUGGCGCUGUGGUGGGAACGACCGUCACGCGUGCAGCUCUCGCGGUGUCACUCUUCUAUCGCUGCUGCUGCUGCCGCGGUCGCUCUUCCAGCAAACUUGACUCGCUGACUCACUCCCGUCGCUUGCUCACCGGUGGUCAGUCACCUCCUUGUCACUCUCUUCUAUCGCCACUCCCGUGGACACUGUUCCCGUGGACUUCAUAAACAGAUUCUUCCAUCAUUGUUGAGGUCUUCCAGACGUCGACUUUGAUCUCACCCCACACCGUGUUCAACCUCCACACGACCGAUAGCAACAACGCACGUACCAUCCGCUCGCUCGCUCGCCACACCGCAGUUCACCGCUCUUCCCUUUCGGCUUCAUCCCACACACCGUUCCACUACGAAAUUCCCUCCCAUCGUCACUUUUUCCCAAGCUCUUGUAAUGAUCUUGCUCAAUUCAAGAAACGCUUUACACUCGUAAGCCAUUAUAACUUGGGCAGUGCUGUUGGUUUGGGCCUUUUGGGCCUGUGCUCAGCCCAGCCAAUGUGCCUCAACAAAAAAGAUGCCAUCGCUUCUUUCCUUCUGCCAGAUCCCUCGGCUGUUGCACAGUUGAAACUCGACCUGCAAUGACCGCUCUCACAGCCUCGUCACCUCCACCACCACCACCAUGUCUAGCUUGAGCUCUACCCCGUGGUCACCGUGCCACUCCACUGCCCACCUCGGUCACCUUCCCUCCUCCACCCUGCACACGCGUUCCCCCACCAAUCACAAACAAACUCCUCUCUUCUUCCUUCUUUACAUCCACAUCGCUUUCCUGCCGUCCGCUGUUCCCAACCACCACUUUGCUUACCCUGUCCCCCGCCACCAACUUCCCAUCGUUUUCAGCAUGCGCUCACAUCAAAAAGGCCAGAAGCUUUGGUAAAGCCCAGAGUAUAAUAGAUCCAGACGAGGGGGAGUUUAGAGAUAUCUUCACGCUUAGAAUAAAGCCCCUCUGGUGGAAACCCAACUGUGAACGGUGACAAAUGAAGAGGGUGGCGGGGGGGGGGGAGUGAGAGGAGCAGAGUUGGAAAUUACGUAGCUGCUCUUGCCGGAUGAAUGCAGUAAGCCACCUGACGCCGUUUGAGCUGAACGGCCGUUUGCUUGCCGCUCACAGAGCGACGGUUCUUCUCACCGCAGCGACAGUCUCCUGUCCGGUCUCAGCGGCGGCCCUGCCCCCCCCCACCUCCUCCCACCUACCUUUGCUUUUGUUUGCGCGCCAUUAAUUUGCACGUGACCGCCAGGGCCAGGCCAGAGAGUUCAUGGAGAGAAGGUUCUGUGCGCACGCUGAGGCUGCCCACAGAUUCCUCGUUAGGGCCUUGUUUUGCUAAUAUGAAAUGUUUACUCGCAAGAAGGAAAUCGGGAUGAAUGAGGCAAUAUGUUUGUCUUGGUCGGCCCGUAUUGUAAAACAAAACAUUGGCAGCGUUAUCAUCUCUCGUUGGUUCAUGGCUCGGUCGUAAAUAAUUAUAUUUAUUUCAAAACAGACCCCGUACUUACCUGACAGUCCGGUCUUUUUACAUUUACCAAUAUAACGACGUUUAGCAAGCUUCAGAAAUAUUCCCUUACUGCAGACCGACGAGGGAUGACAACCUGGUAGACGAGACAACACGUUUGUUGACGCUCACGGAUUGACGUUUGAGAAACGCCAUUCCCAUUUUGCUAAAGGAUUUAAAUGCAAAGUACAGAGACUUAUAUGUACAUUUUGCGUUACGCACUUGCGAGUGAAAAUACCGUUAGGGUUUUCACAAUAGCUGCAUGAGUUGACAAAAAAAAACAUUUUGCGAAUAAUUUAAUAUUAGCGUCUUAACGAUGACUCGGAAGCGUUGUAGUUUUUUUCCCCGUUUAAAAUAAAAUGCGAGUGAUUCCGGUGUGGUGGUAAUCGUACGAGAAUUUGUAAUAUUGCGCUUGCUAUGCAACAAACGGUUGUUAAUCCACGGAGGCUGGGACACUCGCCACGGCCCGUUGCUUUACCCACGGCACCUCGCAGCCACCCAGUGCAACAGUCCCAGGCAAAGAGAGACACUCCCGCGGUGGGGAAGGAUGUGUGAUGGGGCGCCUCCUCUGCAGAAUGUCAGAUUUACACCCAGACCACGUGGGAUUAAAUCGCCAACACCCAUAGGGGGAAGUCGCACCGCCGUGACGGUUGUGGGCAAGGCCAUGAUGCACGUGGGCUAGUUAUUUUGGUGAUCGUCGCCAGCAAUCGCCACCGGCAAAGCCAGUUGCCAAGAACAGCGCUCGUGACUCCAUUGGAGUCACGGAGCUUUGUCUAGCCCAGGGGUCGGCAACCAAAAUAACAAGGAAAGAGCCUUUUUCUUUUUGAAUUUAGUAAAAAAAAGACUCAAUAUUUCAAGGGCCGCAAUGCAAUAUGCAUACGAGACGGGAGACGGUGGUUCUCAAUAAAUAACGUCACGAAAGCAGUCCUUAUAAAUCGCAGCAUGCGGUUCUGGAACCUCAGGUUGCCGACCCCUGGUGUAGCCAAUCGGUGACCUGCUCAAACGACAGCCCUGAACCAGUGGUGGAAAUACCUCAUUCCUAUGGCAGGUGUGAGCGUCUCCAUAGGACAACCACUGUUGACUUCCAUACGAAGUGGUACUUGUUUUAUGGAGCCCAGAGCGACGAUGGGCCAAGUCAAUCCCCCAACCAGGGUUUGAACUCGUGACCUCAUGAUUGCGGGCCGCUCGCCCUACCGCUUCACCACCUGGCCGAUCUAGCAAACUAAAACAGUUGCUUGCAGAGUCGACGAUGAGCAACGACUUGCCAACAUCCAAUCAGAUAUCACAACCUGGUGAUAUCUGAUUGGAUGUUGCCACCCAUGUGCACACUAGGGAGCAAGCAGUUAUCAGAUUUGUCCAGAAGCGUAGGAAACCGUUGCUGGUGACAAUUCCUGGCGACAGUUGCCCUAAAAUGACCAUCGUGCAUCCUCUGGCCCUCGCGACAGCGACGGCGUCUCCCCCACCCUCUCCUGUAGAUUCCAGUGCCAGAAGAGCGUCGGUGCAAGGUUGGAAUGAGUUGUUGAGUUGCGUUGGUGGUCGCAAUUCUUGUUGCUUUGGUCGCAUUACUAAAACCCGGACGUUUUGACAAUUUGCGGUCUUUAAACGUUGCCAAGAAACCACAGACGCAGGCAAACCUCUUCUAUUCGCGUACCAAGCAUUGAUAAAUCCGACCUUUGUAUUUUUUUGCUGUACAGUAGUAAAUGCUAAUAUAUGUUAAAUAUAUAUAUAAAAUAUA